CACCCCGCUUCUCCCGUUUCCCAUAUCCUGUUUUUUUUUAUCAAGUUGUAAGAAGCUUUAAUAACGAAUCAUCUUGUGUCGAGCUUACCCGCCGGCCAGGCAAGUAUGUUUGAAAAUUAAGGAAAGCGUGAAAGGGAAAACCUUCCUUCCUUCAUUUUCAUGAAAUUGCUGAUGGCCUUGUUAAACCCUACGUCAUCUCACUCUCCUCGAGCUCUGUGCUAGCCCUGCGCUCCGUGAAGUUACUCUGAAGGGCAAAUAAGUAGGAGUUCAAGAUAACUACAAAGAUAGCCUCUGUUGCAAGAUGCAUGAGUCCAAGUUUACUAUUUUUGUAGCUUCUUUUAUCGUGCCGUUUUGCUGCUUGCUACAAAAUGCUGGGGCACAAGUUACUGAUCCAACGGAAGUUAAGGCACUAAAAGCUCUUAGAAACAGUUUGAAUGAUCCAAUUGGUAAUCUCAAUUCUUGGAACAGAGGUGACCCAUGCACAUCAAAUUGGAAUGGCAUAUUUUGCUAUCCUAUUGCAAAUAAUGGGUACCUACAUGUACAGCAGCUGCAACUUUUGAGGCUGAACGUUUCAGGAAGUUUGGUGCCGGAUCUUGGUCUUUUCUCUCAACUUCAGAUACUGGAUGUUAUGCGGAACAAGAUCAAUGGAACUAUUCCAAAGGAGAUAGGCAAUAUUACAUCCCUUAAACUACUGCUAUUAAGUGGUAAUGAGCUUUCCGGUACUUUACCCGACGAGAUUGGCUAUCUUGUAAACUUAAAUAGGCUGCAAAUUGACGAGAACCAGAUAUCAGGACUAAUACCAAAAUCAUUUGCUAAUCUGAGCAGUGUAAAGCACCUCCACAUGAAUAAUAACUCAUUAAGUGGACAAAUUCCAACAGAAUUAUCUCGACUUCCACGUCUCCUUCACCUCCUUGUUGAUAACAAUAACUUGACUGGGUAUCUUCCUCCAGAAUUUUCCACAACGCCGCAUUUGAAAAUUCUUCAACUUGACAAUAACAACUUUAAUGGCAGCACAAUUCCAGCUUCUUAUGGCAACAUGACUGCAAUUAUAAAAUUGAGUCUUAGAAACUGCAGCUUGCAAGGGUUUAUUCCUGAUUUGAGUGGCGCUCCUGAGCUUACCUAUCUAGAUCUUAGCUGGAACAACUUGACUGGGCCAAUUCCUUCCAAAAGGCUCUCGGAAAAUGUUACUACCAUUAUACUUUCAAACAACCAACUUCAAGGGUCUAUCCCUUCAAAUUUCUCUGAUCUACCUGUUCUCCAGAUAUUAUCUCUCCGUAACAAUAGAUUUAGUGGAUCUGUUCCAUCAUCUAUUUGGCCGGAUAAGGCUUCCAUUGGAAAUAGAAGUCUCAUUUUUGACUUCCAGAAUAACUUGCUCACAAGUAUUUCAAAAUCUUCAGAUUCCUCUACAAAUUUUACUAUCUU